AUUCUCCCCCUCCUCCUCUUGUGCGAAGUCCAGCCCCUACUUUCCUCUGGAGUGUCCAUGGAAAUGGAGGGAGAGAGUGCAGAGUCAAGCCGUAAAGUGAAUGGGGAGACGGCUGGAGAAGAUGCAUUGGUGGGAGGCAACAAACCCCUGCACCGCUUCCUACGAAUACAACCCAAAUUCAUUGGGAUUGUGUUGAUGUUCUUUGGUGUCAAUGAGAUGAUGAUGGGCUUCGGGCUGAUGAAAGAAGACAUCAGGACCUCAGCGUCACUAUACCUUCCGUUCUGGCAGGCCGCUUUGCUUGCAAUCUGUGGAAGCUUGUCGAUCCACAGCCACACCUACCCAUCCAAAAAAAUGGUCACGGUUUGUCUGGCCAUGUACGUUGUCACAAUACUAGCAGGCUUCAUGACGGUCUUUUUCAGAAUAUCUUGCAUAAUUCAUUUUUGUUUUUGGGGAUUAUUCUCUGAAGCACACCACCGCUUGGCUCAACUAGUUAGCACAGAGUCACUGUUACUCACAUCAGCACUCAUUGUGAUCGUCCUCCUUAUUGUUCUCUGUUCCUAUGCCUCGGCAUCCCUCAAAUCCUCAAACACACAGAUCAUUGUACGGCAACAUUUGACCGUCACAGACACGGAGAAUACCAGGGAAUAAACAGAGCACAGUGAGUGCUCCAUCGGUGGAGGCAAAUCGUCGAUGAAUAUUACCCAUGCCCACUAACACAGACAUUGUAUGCUGUCAAAUUGCUUCUCUUUAAACACCUAUUUUGUUAUCUCGCCAUCUCGAACAAGAUAUCUUACAGAUUCAUGAAUCAUAAUUCAAGAGCAAAUCGUCUCAGCAAAGUUGAUGGAUUUUGUUUAGGCACAUUCCCAACAUCAAGGACAUACAAUGGGCAAAAAAUACAAUGGCCAAGCGCAUUAAAAAGGACAGACAGCUAUGGAUACAGGGGCUCAGGCAGGGAACUGUAAGUGCCCAGCAGACAUUGGACAUCAGGCAAUACUGACUGGUAACAAAGAACAUAAACGUGCAUCCAGUGGUAAAGUGCAUGCAGUGCAUAGAUGACAGAGAGGUACAUUGCAUGGACUGGCAUUGCAGGCACAGAUGGGCAAGCAUUGUGUUAGCCCUAAGACCACAUUGUUCCAUAAGUGCUAUCCAGACCUGACUAAAUCCCAUUUCACCCCUUCGCCCUACGCCUUUCCCCUUUCCCAUUUUGCAUGUUCACGUGUAGGGGGAGUGGCGUCCCAUUUCUCGUUAAGACAGAGGCGUAGGGGGAAGGGGAAGGGCUUUCUACCCGUCCAAAUGGAGAUUUUCCGAUACCACACUCAAAAUGGAGGGCUACAACAGAUUUCCCCGAAUGCAUUGCGAAUGCCUUAAAAAUUUGGCGGCAAGCCGCGGCAUCCACAACAGCGCACAAAUGUAAGUAUUUUCACCAUAGUUCACGGUUGGCCCUUUUCUCCAUGAAACGCACAUGAAACAAUUAUUUACCUCAACACAAUGCAUGGAAGUCAUGAAGGUUUUGCAAGGAUUGUGCAACACUGUUGCAGGGGUUUGGUUCUAAGGGGUGGCAGGGGGUGGUAUUUUCCCCCCAAGAAAUAUGAUUUGCCACCCCAGUUAAGAGCCCUGAUUGUGACCAA